CAUACAGGGCCAUUUGAGCCCGCGAAUUCGGUUCACCGGCACGUGAACGACAUGCCUUCAAAACAACCACCAACGUUAGGUAGCUUAGCUGUUCAAGAGCCUUCCUCGACACCGCACUUGGUUCAUGUCUCGCCAUCAACAUGUCACAACCUUAGCAUGUUCAAAGAUCUUCUCAAAGAAUAUCGCAGACUGGAUGAUACAAUUACUAUGCGGUUGAAUCGCACGAACGCACAGUUCCGUGAUCGAGAUCGUGCAGGGAUAAGCGGCAAAGGCAAUAUUCAGGACCAAGCUUGCGCGUACGUAUGGAAGGAACUGGUCGAAAACUGGAAACGGCGUACGGAAAUGAUAAAUUAUUGCGUCAAUAUUGUCGAUCAGUCCAUAGAGGGGAAGCGAAAGUCAUUGACAAGCGAACAGGGCGAUGCCAGGGCUGAAAGGAAAACGCAAGCAGCCAUGUUUGCGGAUGAGGUGAAGAGAAAUCAAGUUCACAAUGAAUUGGCUGUUGAGAAGAUCGUACGCCAACGAUCACUUGAUGCGUUUCAAUCAAGGUGUCAGUAUUUUUCGCCUCCUUUGACGGAGGCCGAGGCGCGGAAGUGGUGGGAUGCUGUUCACAUCCAAGAAUCGCCAUAGGCGAUACAGAAGCCAUGUCACCAAUUGUUUACCAAACUAGUUGCUUAUGUUAUCAUGCUGAUGACGCGAUAGCGGAAGCAUUUUAGAACAGCCCGUUCACCUGCAACUACCAUCA